AUGUUGUCGACACUUGUCUUGAGCAUGUGCAUUGGACACGCCUUUGCCACGGGCAGGACGAGUCCACCAAGUGGCAGCAUCACCGUGUGCUCUUCGGGCUGUGACUACAAUAUAAUCCAAAAAGCCGUCGGCUCCAUCUCCCCGACGUCAAAGUCUCCGAGCAAAAUCUUCGUCUAUGCCGGCACGUACACGGAGCAAGUGACAAUACCCGUUCUGGCGGGCGCCCUGACCAUCUACGGCCAGACAGCCAACACGGCGUCGUACACCAGCAAUGUCGUCAACCUCACGUGGAAGUCGAGUGCCGCCGACGGCUUCGACGACGAGCACACGGCCGCCCUCAUCAACCUGUCGCCCAGCGUCAGGGUCUACAACAUCAACAUAAAAAACACCUACGGCAAGGGCAGCCAGGCCAUUGCGCUGGCUGCCUACAACACGAAGCAGGGCUACUACGGUGUCGGUCUCUACGGGUACCAAGACACCCUGCUGGCCCAGACGGGCAACCAGGUGUAUGCGGGCUGCUAUAUUGAGGGCGCCGUCGACUUUGUCUUUGGCCAAUACGCACGCGCAUGGAUCACCAAGAGCGAUAUUGCCCUCAAAGCAGGCGGCGGCAGCAUCACAGCCGAUGGACGGCCAAGUGCGUCCGGUGACAGCUAUUAUGUCAUUGACCAGUCGACCGUGACUGCAGCGUCUGGAGCGUCCGUGGCUUCCGGCACCGUCUACCUCGGCCGGCCCUGGAGCCAGUACGCGCGCGUUUGCGUCCAGAAGACUGUGCUAUCCAGCAUUGUCAAUGCGGCCGGCUGGUCGAUCUGGAGCACGAGCACACCCAACACGGCCGGCGUCUCGUUCCAAGAGUACGACAACACGGGCGCGGGCGCCAGAGGCACGCGGGUCAGCUUCGCGACCAAGCUGUCGUCGCCCAUUUCGAUUGGCACGAUUCUGGACAGCGACUAUGCAAACUGGGUGGAUACAAGCUAUGUGUAG